CUGAAGAUAUGCAGAAUGCUAUAGACUAUUCCUUGUCCAGGCGGUUCACAAACUUCAAGCACCACUGUCAUGAGCAUUACCAGAACUUAGGUGCUGCCAAUGCUCGCCAGACUCCGCCUGAAAACAUAAACAUGGAUGAUUGGGUCCAUCUGUGCGAGCAUUUUGAGAGCCCAAGGUUUAAGGAGAAAGCCAAGCAAGCCACAAACCAUCCU